AUGUUUCCAAACUGUCGCCCGAAAUGUGCUCUUCAGCUGCUUCGCGAGCGCGUGCUGGAAUACCGCACUCGCCGUCUUGCCCGCUAUGUCGGCAUAUUUGAAACCCCUGCGGAGGCGAGCAGGCCAUGGAGGUACGCGAUUUCAAAGCCCUUCCAGGAUUACCACACACUCAAUCAAGAGUAUGGCUCCAGCUUUGAGACUAAGCCUGAGUUCAGCAACCCCAAAGACGAGCACAAGUUCUUAUCUGUUGUCGGUAGAAGAAGUAAUGGAGCGUUUCCAGUUGCACAAAGUUCUGCAGUGCCGCCGGACGAGGAAGAUCUGCCUUACUUGCUCUACUCGAAGCAUGCUUCACGAUGGCUUCGGCGAUGGACCGGUGCAGGCUGGACGAGUGGGUCUUCAUCGAAGUGUGCGAGAAGAUUCGAGACCAGCCAAACGGGUUUUCUUAAGCAACGUUGA